AUGUCCAUCAACCGCAUCACAAAGACCAUCGUCGCCACCGGCGGCCACUCGGGCCUCGGCCUCGAGGCACUCAAGUCGCUGCUCAACUCACCCUACACCUCCACGACCAACUGCCACCUCAUCCUCUUCGCCAGAGACCCAUCGGCAGACCAUUGUCAGAGGGCCAGGCGCGAGCUGCUCCAAAACGCCUCGGCAUCCCCAGACAAGAGCCUCACCGUCGAUCUGAGGCGCAUGGACCUCGCCUCGCUCGCCUCGGUCCGAACGGCCGCUGCUUCGCUCUGCAACGAGCUCAAACAGGCUCACGGCGGCCGCAUCGAUCUCCUCCUCCUCAACGCCGCCGUCGCAAAGUCGCAGAGGCUGCUGGUGCAAGAUGAUGACGACCACUCGGCCCACCCCGACCAGCUCAAGGACGCCCAGGCCCGGUACGAAAUGACCGCCUGCGUCAACCACGUCGCCCACCUCGUCCUUCUCAAGGAACUCGAGCCGGCCAUACUCCGCUUCGCCUCACAUCCAGCCUCCAUGGCAGGCAUCAGCCCUUCGCCGCCAAAGACGCGCAUCGUCUUCACCGGCAGCGCCCUGCACCGCUCCGUCAAGGACACUGCCGCCCUCGACGACCUCUUCGCAGCAUCCCAACACGAACGACCCGCCGCCGACUGGAGCCUGAUGCGCUCGUACGGUCACUCAAAGUUCCUACAGAUGCUCGGCAUCCGCGCCUACCGUCGCAAGCUCGCCCAGACCCUCGAGCAGCACGGCAAGUCGAGCCAUCGGGCCGUCGACAUCGUCGUGGUCCAGCCCGGCUUUGUGCCCUCGACUGGCCUGAGCCGAGAGACGGGGUGGCUCAGCAGGCUCGCCAUGUCGUACAUCUUGCCCCUCUUCCCCUUUGCCACUUCUCCAACGCAGGCCGGCUCCUGGAUCGCAAGGGCUUGCUACGUUGACCUAGACCAGGACGCUGCCACGGCCCAGACCCCGGCAGCCAGCCAUGACGGCGACACGGACGGUGACGAUGCAGACGGCUGGACGAGCAACGAGGGCACGGUCAGGGCGGCGCUGCUCGAAAAGGCCGGCCCAGAUCAGGCUUUUGCCAGGCCGGACAAGAGGACAGCCGACGUGACGCUCCAGGACAAGUGGUGGCCCACGACCUGCGAUUCCGCCGGCACUGGUCAGCCCGUGUCCCCUGCGGACCCCUUGGGCUGA